AUGGCUAUUUUAAAUAACAAAGUAAUUUUAUUUUACAAAAUAAAUAAGUUUUGUAAAUACUUGUCAUCAUCAUGGACAUUACCGAUUUUAUCAAACAUGAACAGACGACAAAUUUGUACAAAUUCAAUUAAUUUUGUACCUGCUAAAUUAGUUUAUAAAGAGAGUUUGUAUAAUCGAGUUAAAGAAAAAGUUUAUUAUCAUGUCUUCAAGAAGUAUGUUCACAGAACAAAAGGUUUUUUGUUAUACAGACACAGUUGCGAUAGCCUCGAUUACGUCUCAUUUAUGAAAGAUUAUGAUAUGCCAGAUACGUUUUUUUCUUGGUUCUUAAUUACCGAAUUACACGUGUGGAUGCUCAUGGUGAGAUUAAUGGCCAUAGGAGACGAAGGAAUGGCAAUUCGAUACCAUUUAAUAGCUGCAUUAUGGCAAGAUACUGAUGUUAGGAAAAAACAGCUUGGAAAUAUUAAAGAUUCAGCUGUAAGACACCAUAUAGAAGAGAUAGGAUAUCAGUUUAAUGCUGCAAUUUUGGGUUAUGAUGAAGGUUUACUAUCUGAUGAUCAUGUAUUAGCUGGGGCUAUAUGGAGAAGAAUUUUUUGCAUGGACUGUAAUAGUCCCGAACGUAUAGAAAAAUUAGUCAGAUAUAUUCGUAAAAAUAUCAGUGAACUAGAUAAUCUCCCUAAUGAAUUAUUCAUAAAAUCAACUGUGGUACGUUGGCAUGACUAUCCAGCUAAAAUAAAUCUAUCCGAUUAA